UACGGAGCGGUUGGCGAAUGCGGUUGGUUUGAAGUAGAUAAUUAGUGCAACUACAGUGAAUUUGGAUUGAGUGUGAACGUUUCUAGAUUGACAGUAGAGUAAGAACAACGAACGGUACUCAAAAUUCUAAAGUGAAUAGAAAGGUUCAAGAAGGCCAUGAUUACCCGAGUUCUAGCGGUUGUGACAGUGCUCGUAACAUUUGCCACAACCCGCCUGGAAGCUCGACCGGAGUCACCGGUAGGUCCAAAUGGAAAAGGUAGUCCAAGCGGCUCCGGACCUUACCCGCCAUCCCUUUCAGAUGCAGGAUCAGGCUACAGCUACGGUCCCCCACCCCCACUACCACCGUCCAUCUCUGUGAACAGCUACGGAUCCGCAACGUCCGAGUUUGAGCCAUCGAAACCAGCUCCUAUAAUUCACAAACAUGUGUACGUUCAUGUGCCCCCACCGGAUCCCGAGGUUCCUCCUACCAGAAAGCCCAUCGCCGUUCCACCUCCGCAGAAGCACUAUAAAAUCGUCUUCAUUAAGGCGCCAUCACCACCGACACCGGCUCCUCCGGUGAUUCCACCUCUGCAGCAAAACGAGGAAAAAACUCUGGUCUACGUUUUGGUCAAGAAGCAGGACGAACCGGACGAAAUCAUCAUUCCAACACCGGCCCCAACUCCUCCAUCCAAACCGGAAGUGUAUUUCAUUCGUUACAAAACGCAGAAGCAAGAAGGGAUCUCCGGUGGUCCAUAUCCGGAGAGCGGAGUCCCAAGCGGAGAGUAUGGGAUACCAGCGGGUCCAAGCCCCAGCAACAGCUACGGUGUCCCAUUAUAAAUCGGUCCUGUCCGAAUUCGUCUAUCGCAAAUUCUUAAGGCUGUUCACAACAGGAGUGAAAUAGCUAUAGGUUUUAAGGCAUUCAAGACUACACAAUUUAGGUAAGGAUUGUUAUCUCCUUCUAUGAAGCUGUAUGAAGUAUGUUACCGAAAUAAAACACAUCCGUAGUUUUUAUUUUACUUACUAAAA